UUUUUUUUUCCCCCCAAUCGUGUUAGAAAUGACAGAGUUGCACCAGGCAGCUGCUGCUGGAGACUUUGAUCUAGUGGAGGAGAUUCUGAACAAGAAGAAAUGUAACCCCAAUCACAGAGACAUAGACUGGAACUACAAGACACCGCUUCACUGGGCAGCAGCCAAAGGACAGACAGAGACUGUUAGAAUUCUGGUGGAGCACGGAGCCAGAGCCUGCCUGAGAACUGAUAGUGGAUGGACACCUGCCCACUUUGCAGCCGAGGCUGGGAGACUUGGAGUGCUGCGCCUGCUCCACUCAUUACACGCCCCCAUAGACAAAGAGGACUUCUCUGGUGAUAAACCAGUCAGAAUAGCAGAAGUCUAUGGACAUAAUGACUGUGUUCGAUUUCUUGAAAGUGCAGAGCCAGAGUGCAGGACCUACCGCCAGAUGGCAGUGUUAAACAGCUUUCCCUUGGACGACACGGACAAGGAAUGGGAGGAGCAGAGAAGAUAGGAACUAAACAGGACUGCAGAACAAGGGAUUACCACACCUCAUUAACAAAAACAUUAUUGGGAAAACAGCUAAUAUAGUUUACCCGAAACAAUUUAAAAAAUGUUACACCACGAAAAAUACAGACAUUACAUACAUUUCAUUGGCCAUACAGUAUGAAAAACUGUUCUGGACACUUACAAUAGAUAGAAACAGGUGUAGGUUACACAUUAUGCAAUUCAUUUUCCAAAUGAUCAAUUCCUAUUAUGUAAUUCUCCAUUCUACAUAACAUCUAAUAUAUAGGCUAUAUUACAACAGAAAAAUGAGGCUACAAUUCUAAUAAAUGAUACAUGUAGGACAUU